UGACACACACACACACACACACACACACAACAAACCCAAUCUCUCUCCUCUCAAAAUCUUCAUCCCUCAUAUAUUUUUGAUCACUGAUUACAUUCCUCCCAUCUCUCUAGCUCCCUACUUUCUCUCUCUAAACUUAUUGAUAUUGCUCUGCUUUCAGCUAUCCUCUGUUUCUUUCCCAUGGUUACUCUCUUCCAAACAUGCCUUCCAAUCCAGACUCCCACAUCUCUGUCUCAAGGUGGUUUGGACUAUUCGGGCAACGAACUACACAGUCCGACGACAUCGACUACGACAGUCCGAUCUCGAAUUCCAUCGAAUGCUAUGCCUGUACGCAGGUCGGAGUUCCGGUUUUCCACUCCACCAGCUGCGACACCGGUCACCAGCCCGAAUGGGAGGCCUCGGCCGGCUCUUCGCUAGUCCCGAUCCAGAACCGGCCGGACCGGGAAAAAUCAUGGAAGGACCGCUUCAGCACGAACCGGCGGGGAUUGUUCGGGCGCGUGCUGGACCCGCGGACCAAGCGGGUGCAGAGGUGGAACCGGGCGUUCCUGCUGGCACGUGGCAUGGCGCUGGCCGUUGAUCCGCUCUUCUUCUACGCGCUGUCGAUCGGUCGGGGUGGCUCGCCGUGCUUGUACAUGGACGGUGGGUUGGCGGCAAUCGUGACCGUCCUUCGCACGUGCGUGGAUGCGGUGCACUUGUGCCACCUGUGGCUUCAGUUUCGUUUGGCGUACGUGUCGAAGGAGUCCUUGGUGGUUGGGUGUGGGAAACUCGUGUGGGACGCACGUGCAGUCUCUUCUCACUACGUGCGGUCUCUCAAGGGAUUCUGGUUUGAUAUCUUCGUCAUACUCCCGGUUCCUCAGGCUGUAUUUUGGUUAGUCGUUCCAAGAUUAAUCAGGGAAGAGAAGAUAAAGCUGAUAAUGACCAUACUUCUACUGAUCUUCUUGUUCCAAUUCCUCCCUAAGGUCUACCACAGCAUAUGCUUAAUGAGAAGAAUGCAAAAGGUCACAGGUUAUAUAUUUGGCACCAUUUGGUGGGGUUUUGGCCUUAAUCUCAUUGCCUACUUCAUUGCCUCUCAUGUUGCUGGAGGUUGUUGGUAUGUCCUCGCCAUACAACGCGUAGCAUCAUGCCUUCGGCAGCAGUGUGACAGAAAGAUGUCGUGCAAUCUCUCCUUGUCUUGCUCGUCGGAGGUCUGUUACCAGUUUAUAUUACCUGCAGAUACAUUAGGGAAUCCAUGUGGUCGGAACUCAACAAUGAUGUUCAGAAAGCCAAUGUGCUUGGAUGUCAAUGGACCUUUCCGUUAUGGGAUCUAUAAAUGGGCUCUCCCAGUUAUUUCUAGCGACUCUGUCUCUGUUAAGAUUCUUUAUCCCAUAUUUUGGGGAUUAAUGACCCUCAGUACUUUUGGCAAUGAUCUUGAACCCACAAGUCACUGGAUGGAAGUGAUGUUCAGUAUAUUUAUUGUGCUCAGCGGUUUAUUGCUUUUCACUCUAUUGAUCGGAAAUAUUCAGGUAUUCUUGCAUGCUGUCAUGGCAAGGAAGAGAAAAAUGCAGUUGAGAUUUCGUGACAUAGAAUGGUGGAUGAAGCGGAGACAGCUGCCGAAUCCUCUGAGAAACAGAGUUCUCCAUUACGAACGCCAAAGAUGGGCAGCCAUGGGGGGAGAAGAUGAGAUGGAAUUGAUCAAAGAUUUGCCUGAAGGCCUCCGACGGGACAUUAAGCGCUAUCUUUGUCUGGAACUCAUCAGAAAGGUACCUCUGUUCCACAGCAUGGAGGAUCUUAUCCUUGACAACAUUUGCGACCGUGUUAAGCCCCUCGUAUUUUCUAGAGACGAAAAGAUUAUAAGAGAAGGAGACCCUGUGCAGCGGUUCAUUUUCAUUGUUCGUGGGCGUGCAAAGAGUAGCCAAAUCCUCAGUAAAGGCAUGUUAGCCACAAGCAUUCUAGAGCCAGGAGGCUUUCUUGGGGAUGAGCUGCUCUCAUGGUGCCUUCGCCGCCCAUUUAAAGACCGGCUUCCAGCCUCAUCAGCAACAUUUACUUGUCUUGAAACAACAGAAGCAUUUGGUCUUGAUGCAAAUGAUCUCCGGUAUAUUACUGAUCACUUCCGCUACAAAUUCAAUAAUGAGAGGCUCAAGAGAAAAGCGAGAUACUAUUCAUCCAAUUGGAGAACUUGGGCAGCUGUGAAUAUACAAUUAGCUUGGCGCCGUUCCAUGCAGAGGAGUAGGGCUCCAGUGAAUCAUGUGAUGGAAAACGGAGGUGAUGAGCGUAGGCUCAGGCAAUAUGCUGCGGUGUUCAUGUCACUCAGACCGCAUGAUCAUCUUGAAUAAAAGCAAUGUGCUGUAAUUCUUUUAUUUUGUCAUUUGAUCCCAUUAUUAAUGGGACUGAAAUGUGUCCAAUUGAACAUUGAUGCUAAUAAGCUUUGAUUCUUCCAAUAAAAGAGAUGGAUGAGAGGUAUUUCCCUUGAAAUAAA